AUGGCUUCUCAAAUCGCAAAAUCUUUAUUAAAUUCUACACGUCCGGCUACCAAUUUAAAGUUUGAUAUUGCUCGGCGAGCCCUCAGUGUAGGUGCAAGUCUACAACAAAAGAAAACACUUAAAGACAAAACAGGCAAGAAUGUUGUUCUUGUCGAUGGAGUUAGAACUCCAUUUCUUGUCUCUUUCACUGAUUACUCUAAGAUGAUGCCACAUGAACUUGCAAGGCACUCCCUUCUAGGCCUCCUCCAAAAAACUGGUAUACCAAAAGAAGUGGUUGAUUACAUCGUUUACGGCACGGUCAUUCAAGAGGUAAAAACGUCGAACAUUGGCAGGGAAGCAGCUUUGGCAGCUGGCUUUAGUGACCGUACUCCUGCCCAUACCGUCACUAUGGCCUGCAUAUCUUCAAAUCAAGCCAUUACAACAGGUGUGGGCAUGAUAGCUGCCGGAGCAUAUGACGUUAUAGUCUGUGGUGGAGUAGAAUUCAUGUCGGAUGUGCCAAUUCGUCACUCGCGUAAGAUGCGAUCACUCUUGCUGAAGCUGAAUCGGGCAAAGACCCCAGCUCAGAGGCUAUCCUUACUUGCUUCUAUACGGCCCGACUUUUUAGCUCCUGAGUUACCAGCGGUUGCUGAGUUCUCAUCUGGAGAAACAAUGGGGCACAGUGCUGACCGUCUUGCAGCUGCAUUUGGGGCGAGUCGUGCUGAGCAGGACGCUUACGCAUUACGUUCACACACGCUUGCUGCUGAAGCUCAGGCUAAGGGGUACUUCACUGAUCUUAUUCCUAUCAAAGUGGAAGGGAAAGAUGCAGCCGUGGAACGCGACAACGGAAUUCGAGUUUCCACUCCCGAGCAAUUGGCUAAGCUGAAACCAGCCUUUGUUAAGCCUCACGGCACAGUCACCGCUGCCAAUUCCUCAUUCUUGACGGAUGGUGCGUCUGCAUGUUUGAUCAUGUCCGAGGCAAAGGCUAAGGAGUUGGGGCUCAAGCCAAAGGCGUAUGUACGGGACUUCACUUAUGUAGCUCAGGACCCAGUAGAUCAACUGCUUUUGGGUCCAGCGUAUGGUAUCCCGAAGAUUUUGGAGAAAGCUGGAUUGCAGCUUGGCGAUAUUGACACCUGGGAAAUACACGAGGCGUUUGCUGGUCAAAUUUUGUCUAAUCUUAAAGCGAUGGACUCAGAGUGGUUCGCGCAAAACUACCUCGGAAAGCAGACAAAGGUUGGAGUCCCAGACAUGAACAAAUGGAACAAGUGGGGCGGGUCGCUCUCUAUUGGACAUCCCUUCGCCGCUACAGGGGUUCGUCUAGCUAUGCACACCGCUCAUAGAUUGGUAAAGGAAGACGGACAGUUGGGCAUCAUUUCAGCUUGUGCAGCUGGCGGUCAAGGUGUUGCCAUGUUAUUGGAGAGGCACCCGGACGCACAUACAAACUAA